UACUUCAUCGGCUUGCAAACUUCCAACGAGUUUGGAGUUUGCCUCCAAAUGAAAAUACAGGAAAAGAAGUGACUGCACUUGCUUGGAGACCGGAUGGCAAAAUUUUGGCUUUUGGCCUAACUGAUACCAAGCGGAUUAUUCUGUGUGAUGUAGAAAAACCUGAAAGCUUACACUCCUUUGCAGUGGACUCUUCUAUUACUUACAUGCAUUGGAUGGAAGUAACCGAAGAAAGCAGUGUUCUCACUUCCUUUUACAAUGCUGAGGAUGAGUCAAAUCUCCUUUUGCCUAAAUUACCUCCGCUACCAAAAAAUUAUAGCACCACUGCAAAAAUCUUCAGUGAAGAAAAGUCAGAUGAGAUUAUGAAGCUUCUGGGUGAUGUAAGGCUCAAUGCUCUUGUUCUUGGUGGCAGCUCAGGAUUUAUUGAGAUUUAUGCUUACGGAAUGUUCAGAAUCGCUACAGUAACUGGGGUGGCAGGUUCUUGUCGUGGCUUAUGUUUGUCUAGUGAUUUGAAAUCACUGUCAGUUAUUACAGAGAUACAAGACUCUCCAGACAGUGAAGCAGAGAUGACAUAUUUUCAGCUGAACACUAGUCUCUUAUCAAGUUACUUACCUGAGGUAACUCGAAUGGCCCGGAAAUUUACUCACAUUUCAACUCUGUUACAGUAUAUAAAGUUAUCAUUGACAUGCAUGUGUGAGGCCUGGGAAGAAAUAUUGAUGCAGAUGGAUUCACGGCUAACAAAGUUUGUACAGGAAAAGAAUACAACCACUUCUGUUCAGGAUGAGUUUAUGCAGCUGUUGUUAUGGGGCAAAGCAAGUCUGGAACUUCAGGCGCUAUUAAUGAACCAACUGACAGUAAAGGGUUUAAAGAAACUUGGUCAGUCCAUAGAGUCUUCCUACUCCAGUAUACAAAAAUUGGUCAUAAGUCAUUUGCAGAGUGGCUCUGAGGCGCUGUUAUACCACUUGAGUGAAUUGAAAGGAAUGGCUUUAUGGAAACAAAAAUAUGAGUCUCUGGGAUUAGAUGCAUCUGGAAUUGAAGAUGCUAUUACUGCUGUUGGUUCUUUCAUCCUGAAAGCAAAUGAGCUGCUUCAGGUUAUCGACAGUAGUAUGAAAAACUUCAAAGCGUUUUUUCGAUGGCUGUACGUUGCCAUGUUGAGGAUGUCAGAAGACCACGUGCUUCCAGAGCUGAACAAGAUGACUCAGAAAGAUAUCACGUUUGUUGCUGAUUUUCUUACUGAACACUUCAAUGAGGCACCAGAGCUCUAUAAUCGUAAAGGAAAAUACUUCAAUGUGGAGAGAGUUGGCCAGUACUUGAAAGAUGAAGAUGAUGACCUUGUAUCACCACCUAAUACAGAGGGAAAUCAGUGGUUUAACUUUCUUAAAAAUAGUACUCAUCUUAAAGAAAGCCCAUUGUUGUUUCCCUAUUACCCUGAGAAAUCACUGCAUUUUGUGAAAAGACAAAUGGAAGGGAUCAUUGAUCGGUGUUUACAAAAACCAGCUGAUGUAAUUGGAAAGUCAGUGCAUCAGGCAGUCUGCAUGUCUCUCUACAGGACUUCUCAAAGUGAAGAUUCCACACUGCAGUUACUUAAACUACCAUUUCUGUGGAAUGACAAAACCUCCAAUAUCCAUUAUGUUCUCUUCACCGUAUUAGAAAGCUCUGUUUCAAAAAUAUACAUUUUGAGGAAACAUACGGAUACUACCAGGUCUAUCAGUAAUGAACUUAUUGCUGUAGAGUUUGGAAACUUCUUGAACAACAGCAUUAAUGACAGCUCAGACUCAAGGUGCUACAGUUGCUUAGAUGCACAUUUCUAUGAUGAUGAAACAGUAACUGUAGUUCUGAAGGAGAGUGUAGAACAAGAGGGGAAGGAGAGAAUCUUGGCUCAGCUGCCUUUGUCUGCAGUGUACACUGAUGAGGACCAAGAAAGAGAGUUCCUCUGGGAUUCUGCUAAACGGCUGGAUGAGCAAAGUGGUGACAUAUGCACACGGACAGUCUUUUUGGAGAAUCAGUGGAGAGUGCUGGAAAAUAUGAAAGCUCAGUAUGUUGCUGUAAAUGGUAUUAGAAAAGUUUCCUGUGUGCUAAGUUCAAAUCUCCGUCAUGUGAGGGUGUUUGAGAUGGAUGUAGAAGAUGAUGGGGAGGUGGAGGAAGAAGAGGAAGAAGAAACAACUCAGGUUGCAGCUGGGGAAAUUGAGCUGAAUCAGUCUACAGACAAUCAAGAGAGUGUGUGUGGUGCGUCUGCUGAAGAACUACCUGGGGAGGCUGAAGAACAGGAAUCCAGCCUGGAUCCUUGACGCAGGCUUUGAUACUGGUAAAGGGACAAGGCUGAAGUCUAACUUCAGACCGCUGAGAUGGUGUAUCUUGUACAUAAUCAGCAAAAUUAACGUGAUGCGAGUGUGUCAGAAUACUGUAUGGUCCCCAGCUAAGACCAUCUCUGUUCUGGAGUAUGUUUAUUUUACGGGUUUUUUUUUCUGACGCAUUAGUUUGAUGUGAACUAAAUUUCUUCCAAAGCUUUUGCGUUUGCAAUUUUGUGUGGGUGGGGAGAAAAGGAAAUAACAACAGAAGUUUUCAUAGCUAACCUGUUCAGUCCUGAAUACUGAUCUUAAGAUAAAAAUUAACUUAUAUAUGAUAACAACAAAAUCCCAUGUUUUAAGGACCAAAUUAUUUCCCUCUCAGACUUUAUGUUCUAACUAAUGGGUACAGAAAUUUCCUGCCAUGCCAACAUUUAAGUGUGUGUAUUGCCAACAACAAGCCUGCAGAUCAGCGUAAGACUAGUUAUACAUCAAAAAUUAGCAAUUGUUACUUAAAUACAUGCUUUUAAAACUAUUUUUGGUAACAUUUGUGUUCACAGUAACAUAAUGUUUAUUCAGCCCGUGAAGGUCUUUGGUCGUUAGUGCACGUUUUUGGGUGUAUGUUUUGACAAAUAUGUGGAUCUUGACCUGUCUGUGUUUCUCUGAGAUUAUUCCUGAAAGUCUGUGUCUCACUGAUAUUUUUGUAAUGUAAGGUUACAACAGAGAGUAUAUUUUUCUAUUCUGAUGUGGCGUUGUAUUCUUCCAUAGACUUCAGUAUAUUUGUGUUCCCCAUUAAUUUACGUAUUGUCCAGUAAAAGCUGGAAACUGUAUUUAGAAGCCUAAAACGUUUUCCUGUUGCCUACUAGCUGGCCAAGUUUUAACUGUGCAUCAGGUCUUUGAAUGAACAAAACUGCUAAAUAUGUGGUCUUCCUUCGGGACAGUGAGUGAACCUUGUAUUUGUGAAGCAGCAGCCGGGUUUUACGCUCAUAUUCCAUUCUACACUUCAAAAAUACAUAGUCUUCUGAAAUUGCUAGUUAGCAUUGCAAAAAUCAAAUACUCAUUUUCUUGUUCUUGUUUUGAAAUAAGCCAUUUUGUAAAAGUUGACUUUUAAAGUUUUUGGACUAUUUUUUGGGAGAGACCCUUUUAAACAAACUGUUGGAUGUGAGAGGGACUUCUUACUUUUCCCCUUCCUUACCAGCCUCCUUGAAAGUUACUGGCUUUUCAGUCCUCUUGUCUAACAGAUGCUAAUGGUUGAAGGCCACAAGAAAGCUGUAGGACAGGAGAGGCAGAAACGCCCAUUCAGAAUAGCUGUGGAUUUUCUGUGUAAAGCAGUUACUCUUGCUGAGCAAUUGCUGCUGUUAGAGAACCAACUCAGCUCAAGCCUAGCCUUUAGUCUUUCAGGAAGCUUUUCCCACUGAUCUAACUUUAAAAAUUGCCAAGCUUCAGUGCUUGGAAACAGUAUUUUGCUGUGCUGUCUGCUGAGUAAUUUUAGUCCACAGGUAUAUGGAAAUGCUGUGAUCUGUCCUGCCUAUUAUUAUUGUUUCUGAAUUUUUGGUAAUAACAGCUGUGUUCCAUGCCACAGUGGCAUGCCUUCUUUGCACCUUUCUGGUCCAGUCUUGGACUCUUGAGUGAGCAGGAGUUUUGUUUCAGGCUUCGUUAAGUGCAUAUGCAGUUUCUCCUUUUCCCAGUGACACAAUACAAAUGCAUCGGUUUAGAUAAGUACUUUUCAAUGCACUGCUGAUUCCUUCUGUCAAGCUUUAAUUGUUUUUAUUUUGCUACCAAAUUUCUGUCAUAGUAAAUGUCACUAACUUGCUUAUGCAUCUGUAAAGAAAUUUCUUAUCAGAAAUACUUGAUCCUGAGAAGUUUUUUGAGGAUUUUAGUGCUGUCUGGACCCAGUGAUCUCAUUUGCCACUUUGAUUUUGUUUUCUUCCUCCAUUGUAACACCAGUUGAAGGCCUUCUGUUCAUUCAACCUUUCUCUGCGAUAAAUGAGUUCUCAUUCUUGCUUUUAUAGUUAAAAGUAAUUUUAUAUUCUCAGCAAAUGUGCUCACAGUCCACUAUUUGUAGUACUAACCUUUAGGCCUGUUAAGGCACUACUGCUGCCUCUUUUUUUAAUAUCUACCUUUUUUAUAUGUGGUAUUUCUAGCUUUUUAAAGAAGUUGGACUGCUUUUCUUUCUUUUUUUUUUCCUUGCUAUUUACCUUGUAUAAUCCCUUUUCCUGACCAUGCCUUUUCUGCCUGAUCUCCAUGGCUUGCAAACUUGCCACAUCACUUGGUUUCUGCCUCAGUCCCUCACCCGUUAGUGCUGCUUUGCUUCACAAUGUGGGCAUGCCGUGAUCUAUUUGUGAUACUGUUGCCUCCCGCUUCUGUGGAUUUGAUUGCCCACUCAUGCCUGUCUUCAUAAAUGACCCUUUCAGCACUGCCUACAGAGACAGGAGAUGGAGGGAAAGAAAAUUAGAAAUAGUGACCAGAGGCUUGCUUUAGUUAACCAUUUCUUUUUGUAGAGGGGGGAAGGGACAUGUGCCUUCUUUAUUAGACGUUAGUUGGUGUAAGUAUUUCUGUAACAGUACCUGCAGGUGGUCUUAACUCUGGCUUUUUUUUUUUUUAAGCCUGUCUGUUAACUAUGGUCGAUUAGGCAAGUCAUCUGUGGAGGUACCUAAGUUCCUCUAGUAAGUUUCUCUGGUCCAUCUGAAUAUCCAUAGUCAGGGCUGGCUCAUAUGUCUUGUUACAUGCUGCAGUAAUAUCUGAGAAGAUCUCUACUGCUAACUCAAACAAGCUGUUGCUCUUCAGGUUGGCUCCAAUCUAAUUUCUGGCCUCACAAGCUUGUUUAGAGGAAGAGGGGGCUUAGCUUUUGGCACGGAGCAGUUGCAGCAGUCUCAGAAGGACAUUUUGGAAGGGGGAAGGAAGACUACAGCGUGGAUCCCUUCAUAGUGAGCAAUAAGGAGGAUACAUAUGAACGAGGAGAGAGGAUGAAAGGAGUUGUCGUAGGAUGAGUUUCAAGGAGAGAGAUGAAAAGAGUGUAAGGACCUCUGAAGAUAAUGCCACUGUGGAGGAACUCAAAGGAAAAGAAAACUCUAAGUGGGAGAGAAGAAAUGCCACUUGUAGGUGAACAAAAUACAGUUAGCUAUAACUUGAGGCUUAGUACGUAGAGCUGAUAACAAAAUAGUCAAGAGACCUUUGUUGCUAGCAAAGUCCAGAGUUGAAGUAAGUUAUAAAGGGAUAUAAACGUAGUGUGAGUGUUUCAGCAUUUUUUCCCCAGGGAGUAUUACACAGCUCCUGCUCAUAGCUGCCUGUUUUAUGGCUCUGCCUGCAGCUCUGUGACAAAAGAUGUAAUCUUACUUGCCACAGUGAAUCAGAUAUCUUGGGUAGUUCUAUGCAGUUCCCAUGCUUCACCUAGUGGAUCAAGUGAAGUGUCCUGUCAGCCCUACCUCCUAGUGUGGGCCUGUUCUUCUAAAAAGUAAAAGGAAACUCUCCUAGGCCCUAGCAUAGGAAAUAAAAGACCCUAAUUUCAAAUCUGUAAUCUGGCUGUCAUACAGCAGGAGUUGUCCCACCCAGGUAGAACUGCUGCAUAUUAGAUCUGGUGUUGGAGUUCUCUUAAUCAGUCACUGAAGCUGUUCCACUUUCAGCUAGCCAAUUAUUUUUUUGCUUGGCUAAAGAGUGUUUGAUUCUACAGCUGGAGAUUGGAGUAGUUGCUAGCCCUCACCAGAAAAAGUGAGGUUCAAGUUCUUCUUCUAAACUGACUGGAAAAUAGGAUUUGGCGGGGGGAAGCUCUCUCCCAGUAGUGGUACUUCUACAGAUUCUUACAGGCGCAACCAUUUUUCCCUUUACUCUUUCACUUAAAGAAGUUACUGAAAUAAAGAAUCUUCAGAGACUGAUUUUUGCGCCUAGUCAUUCCCAAGAGAACUUAUAAGUUCAGUAAUGAAGAUAUAGACUUGUCCUAAGAUGCACUGAAAAUCAUUCUCUUACCUUGUCAAUCAGUACAGAUAACCAUGAGGCCAAAGGUAAGGAAUUUGUUAGUCUGGUCACGUAUUUUUUUUAGAUCAUUGAGGUAAUGUAUGGUUUCCUUAGGAUAGCACAAAGAGCAGGGCUUUAAAAUGUUGCAGUAAUCUGAACAACAGUAAACUUGACUUCUCCAUGUGCUGAAUUAACUAUAUUCCCUUUGUAGUGGAGACCUACUAGACUAGAAGCAAGUGGAUCAAGUUUUUUGUUUUCUCUUUUAGAAAUAUAUAUUUGUAAUGUCCCUUCUCUUGCAGCCAAACUCUGUGGAGCUCAGUCCUCCCACUGCUUAGCUAGUGUUCAGAAUACUGGAAAGCAAAAGUAAGAUGGAAGGCAUCACUGGGCACUGUGGUUUCCAGACAGUGUGUAUUUAUUUUGAGGUGCUGUUAUUUUGAUCAGUUGCAUGAAAAAUAGUGUACUGUUUGCGCUAAUUUCUAAUUAUUAUUUUAUUAAAAAAAAAUACCCUAGACUGUGAACUAGUGAGUAGGCAGUGAGUAAGACAUUCACUCAGUUUUGUUUUUGGUUUUGUUUUUAGUGCUGUUAUUGUGGUACCUAGAAAUACAUCUCUUCUAAAUCGGUCCACUUUCUAGAGCAUGUGUCACUGUGUAUUAGUUAUUUGAGAGAGAUAACGAGGCAUGCAAACAGUCUUAAUAGAACACUAUUAAAGAGACUAUUAUCAGAAGCCAAUCUGUUGAUAACUCGUAACUAAUUGUGGUUAGUUCGCUUCUUGCCUUCAAACACUGUACAGUUCUGUUGUGCGCUGGAAAAGCUUCUCUGCUUCGUUCUGCAGAGGGUUAUCCUUUUCGUACUUUUCUAUGGUUAGUGAUCAAUGACAUUUUAGAGAAUUGUAAUAGUGUUAGGAUUGAUAUGAAUGGGAAUGUCUGGGCAUGAAGGUCUGGAAGGAACAAACAGCAGGAGAAGGGCUAUAAGAAUGGUGUGUGCUGAAGUCACUUAGGUUUAGCACCUCAUCAAAAUCCUAGUGUACAUCUACAUGCAGGUAUGCAGGACAUCAGCUCAGGAGGCACAAGACCUGAGCAAACAAGCAAAUCUUGAUGACUCUCAGAGCCACAACAGAAUGGAGAAACUGAUCAGCAGGAGCUCCUGAAAGGUACAAAAAAGCCUAUCCAAAACCAGCACAUGGUUGCCAACCUAAGAUGAACCCAGGAGUCAUAAGAACUCAGUAGCUGGUGUCCCUUGUCAUCACAAGGAGUCCCAGAAAGACCUCCUGGAUUCAGGAGUCUUGGUGCCAGAAUGUUGCGCAGACUGCUUGUACACAUGUAUCCCAGUGCUUGUAUGUUGGUAUGUGAGUGAGAGUGUGCCUGAGUGAAAUCAGCUUUGUUUUAAAAUGAAAUCAGCUUUCCUUGCUGUCCUGACUGGCUUUAAGGUUGGCAGUGUUGUUACUGCCGUGUUGCUGUUAUUUCCAACCUAAUCAAGGGGGAUGGAUGUAGCCAGGGGGUUGUGGGAGAUUGAAAGGGAGCCAGGCUAAAGAGAGCAUGAAAUGAAACUGAAAGAAACAAGAUCGGGAUGUAAAGCUUGUUCACACGCAGCUGGUGAGAUCAUUGUGGCUGAUUAAAUCAAAGUAAAAUAUCAGUCCAGAGUUUAGGGGUUUUUAGAUUUUUCUGAUACACGUGCAUCAUCUUGAUGUUUGAAUGCAGCUUAAAAGCAGCUUGCUCUGGGCCAAAUUCCACCUUUGAUUAUCCCUGUAAAAUAUCAGUAGAGAUUCCUGGACAUAACUGAAAGCAGAAUUUGUCCUUAAAUUCACCCUAUCUUUAUGACAAUAGCAGUAGAUUAUUUUGUUUUAACUAGAUCUGACCUAUUUCUUGAUCUAGUUUCUCUCAAGUAUUUAUGACAGAGAUUGGAGAUUUUGUGGUUGUGCUGAGUCAAUGAUAUCGUGAUUUAAAAUAAAUGGAUGAAAGAAAUCCUCAUACUGUGUAUCCAUGUCCAGACUAUAGCAAAAUUACAUGAAAGCCAGAGAAAGUAUAUAAAACAGUAGGGCUAAGUGUAUCUCUUGAAAUUAAAAAAAAUUGAUGUUCCUAAAAUGGUGCCUUACAAGUAACAAGUGACUAAGACUUGCAGUUCCUAUUUGCACGUUUCACUUCUACUUUCUGUGUUGAAGCUCUCUGCUUAGUAGAUAAGCCCUGUGGUUGGUCUCUGCCUUCUGAUGAGUGCAGCCACUAACCUGAAAUCUCUGUCACUGGGCCCUCACUUGCUAGUUAUUUCACACACAUGAUUUUUCUGACUUACAAGUUUGAAUAUUUUUUUUAACUGCAGGCAAAUUAACAUGCUAGGUGUGCUCGGCUUCCAAAUAAGAAGACACAGUUUGUACCUGCGAGAUCUACGGUCUUUCUUAGAGAGAGAUAAAAGAGCAUAGAAUACAAGCAAAGCUCCCAUUGUGUUCUCACUUGAGUAGAUAAGUUCACUGAAGCAAUUGCUGGUAUUCUUGUCAAUGGAAACAGAUUGUAUUUGUGAGACUGUUGCAUUGUGCAGGUGUUUUCAGGCUUGAGCUUGCAGCAGUUGAGGUGACCAGUGCACAUCAGAGUUCUAGACAGCUUUCUUAUUCUGAUUCAAAGAGACGUUGUUCGGCCUCAGUUACUCUCUACGUACAUAUUUAUUUUAACAAUCUGAUUAGAGAAAACACUAGAGAAACAUCAUUUUGGCGAUGAUAGUAGGAUAACAAAUGUGAAGCCAAAGCAACUGAGAUGUAAUCGGCCUGUACCAUAUACCCUCACACAGGGAGAGGGGAAAUAGAUUAUCUUUGGAAUCAGAUAGGGGAUCAAAGUCAAAGCGAAGGAGAAAAUGGGGGAAAAAAAGGAAUAAGAAAAAAGAAAAAAACAUCCAGAUUCUCACCUGGAUCUGGAAGCCUACCUCUUGAAGUGUUCUUAGGUAAUUUUUACCUCAUCUAAUGUACAAGUUCUACAUUUACUAGAUUUACCUUUUAACUACAUUCUGUUUAUGUAAUGCCUCUUUUGUUUUGUAUUAGAAGCCAGGGUGUGAUUGGAGCCCUUGAGCAGUUCUGUAAAAAUCUAAUGACAACAUGAGUUUGCUAAAAGCUACGUCAUGGGCACAGCCCUGUACAUCCAGGCCAGGGUCAAGACACGGGUAUACCUGUAUAUCUUUAAAAUGUGUGCCUAAAACAGCAAUGUCUUUUCUUUAAUGUUUAUCAUAGAGAUUCAAAGUUUGUUUGCAAAGACUUGUUACUCCUACACAUUGAGACCUGAUGCAUUUGGUUGCAGCAGUUGGUUGCACCGGCAACAGUUCUUGAUAACCUUCCUGUGAAGUAGUUUAGAAAUGAAAAAUAUAUUGAUGUGUGGAAAAGAUGUUUGUCUUGCUGAUAAAUUGAAUUACUCCUGGUUCUCCCUUAUCCACGUUAAUGCUCUGUUUCUCUUGUUGAGGGGAUGUUCCCCUGCAUUCAGAAAGAGAGACUGGCUAGUUGGUCUAAAGUUGUCGUAGGAAAACAGAAAAAAAAUGCAGUUGUCUGACAGUGAGAAAUCAUCAUGAAGGGUUCACAUUCAAGGACGCUUGCCAGUGAUCCACAAAUAUGCAGUUUAUUACAUGGUAUCUUGUUUUCUUUCUUUUUCUAACCGUUAAAAUGUUAAAAUAGUAAUAGUAAAGGUAGAAUGAAUAUUUGUCCAUUUAAAGAAUCACUGUAGUUGGCAGAAGUAUUUAAAUGAUCACAUUGGGAACAAUUGAUGUGACAUCCUCUUACAAAGGGGAAGUCUACGUUUUGGAGAAGUUACUGAAGAUUGAGAGGAAGUAGGGCCUGAUUUACAUUAAGGGAACUGAUGUCUAGCUCAGGAGGAACAGCAUUCCUAAGAGAGUUGGCUUGAGUUAGUUUUUAGGGAGGAGCUAGACUGAGAAGACCAAAGUGUAAGGGAUUUUGAACAAAUUGCAGCUGGAGGCGAGUGAAGAGAUUUUCUAUCUCUUUUUUUUUUUUUCCCUGCCUCCCUAAUAUAUUUUAUCUUUCUAAAUUGCUGAUAACUCCUUGAUCUGAAGCUUCACUGCUCAAUCCUUAAUGACGAAACAGCCUGUCAUGGUUGAGCCUAUUGGCAUUUUAUUGGCACAAUCUCAUCUCUUGCCAAAGUCCUGUACCACCCUGUCCUGAACCCAGCAAGACUGACACGGAGUCAGUCCUUGGUUCUAAAGUCCUGGUCAAAGGAGAUCUUCCACAGAAGGAAGAGUCUUUGUCUAUGCUCCACCCUCUUAACUUGAUAUGGAAAGGCUAUGAAAGCAAAAGUUUAGAAGAUGUCAAUCAACACCCUCAUCUGCUUCAGUUCAGAACAUUAACAUGAGCAGAAAGCAGCAAAUCUUUACAGUUGUUAAGAGUCAGAAAAGGGCAGAAAUCAAUCCAAGAAAAAUGUUCUUAGAACCUUUUGGACCCAUUGAACGAAAGCCCCUGUUACAAAUUUUGUAGAACAAAACUAUCAGGAAGCCUAAAUUGCAAAAGGUGUCAGUCUCUCUUAUCUAAGUGAAGUUAUGCCAAAGUCCUUGUUGGCGUGUUGGAAUCAGGUUGACUCAGAGUGAAAGGAGGCAGAAUUCAAAAGAAGUGCAUGCCUGCUGCUUACUGAUUGGGGUUUUUUUUUGAAAGAACAAAGAUAAAAUUUACACUUUCCAUUUCUCUAGAAUUUUUAUCAAUUCCCCUCCCCCCACCCUGUGUUACAACUAAAGACUUUAAGUUUUAAGGCUCUGUAACAGACCAAAACUUCAGAUUUUAGUUUUGCUUCUUGUGUUAAAAAUGAUGUAUUUUUAGAUUCCAUAAUGUCCUUCUGACGUGCUAACCUGUAUACAUUCGUGACAAUAGCACAUGUGGUUCAGUUAAUAAUGAAUGCAAAUUCAAAUGAGAUUACAAAUUUAAUCCCUAGAAUGGGAUUGUCCAAUCUGUAGUGAGUCACUUUCAGGAAAACACCAGCAAGGUGUUAGUUCAGCUUGCUAUGAUUGUGUCCCUGUGCUACUAUGCAAAGUAUAUACAAUGAGUAUUAUAUAUAGGAAGAAUAAUUUUCAGUGCAGUCAUCUGACUGGAAGUGGCAUUGCUUGCUCUUGUCAGGCCAUUUUAUGUUAGAACUUGUUCAAGGUGAAGCUGAUUAUAAAUGAACUUGUGUAUCCUUCAGACUGUGUUAUUCCUCUUCAUUUGUUGUUUACCAUAUAUGAUGUGGUCCUAAGCUCUGGUUCAUGGGUGGGUCUUUGCUGUAGUUAUGGUUAAUCCUUUGUCCUCUGUUCUUGUAGAGGGUGGGCUGUGCUAGCAACAGCCUGAAAUCACAAGGGAGCUGUUGGAACUUCAGACUGUUCCUGAAUGUAAUAUUUUGAUCAUCUGAGAAGUCGCAUGCAACUUAGUGAAUGAAGUAACCCACUGCACACGUGUGUGAGUGCUUUUAACAGAAGCCUAUCCACACUCUUCUUAAUUCUCUUUCUCAGACCGGGAUCCUGAACACCACUCCUGGAACUAGCAGAAUAAGUCUCCUUCCACAGCUUGAAACUGGACACAUGCUUCUUUUUCUGUAGCCUUUGUGCCCUGGGGAGGAAGCCCAGCUUUGUAUUCAAGUAGCAAUAUUUUAAAAGAAGGCACUGAGCUGAGAGCAGAGAAGGGUUUAAAUGAGAAACUUGUUCUUGCCUCCUUUCACAGAGCUUCAAGGAGAACAUGCAAAUUCAGACUGAGUCAGCUUGACUUUGGCAAGCUAGUACUUCAUGAAUGUUCUGCAAGGUCCAAACUCCUGCCCUGAUUUGACUCUUAUUAGCGGUGAUGAUGAUUUAUUUUUCCUUUGGCUAUCCUGUGGUCUUGAUCUUCUUAGGAUGCUUAAAGUUGAAAACAAGAGCAACCUUGUGGAGCAGUUAAGUGAAUGUCUCUUUUUGGCUCCAAUUACUUUGUGUGUCAGCCAUGGUAAUUUUAUUUGUGAUAAGGACUUAUAGCAAGGAUGCAUGUUGGUGUUGUCGUGUGAUUUCAUGACAAACCUGUUUUGAAAACUGAUUUCAAGGAGGUGAAUAAAUUCAAAACUCUAACAAUCCUGAAAAGGGAUUUUUGGAGUGUUUAGUGUGAGAUGUGUCAGCUCUCAGAACUUAAGUAUAACUGGACUGAAGUGGGAGUUGAGCAAAAGACUUCUGGGUGCUGCACAGAAUAACACUGGUAUUUUGAGGGGAUAACACUUUUCCCUGAGUCAUCACUCAAGGUUGGACAUAAGAUUGCUUUGGCAGCUAUAUUACCUCUCCAAACUCUCCAUUAUCGCCCUCGUUUUUGUUACCACCGCUUCUGGAAUGGGACUUGUGACUACUCUAUACCCGAUCCUUUGCAAAGUCAGUGUUGCUUAUAUCACUUUCUUUGCAGUGUAAGCCGAUCUGUACAACUUUACUCACAAGCAUUCACAAGAACUUUUUUGCUGACUGCAGUCUAAGACUGGUAAUGAGCAUAUAGGGAUGACAACCUUUUCGAUGGUCAAUCUAGAUUCACAAGAGUAUGCAAGACUUGGGAGUAAAAUAAAACUCCAUCAUGGUAUUAUGUCACUGAGGUGUCUGCAUUUGGAAGUGAUGUCAACUGAGAUUAUUUGGUGAAGAUUCUUCUCCCGAGACAGAGAGAGAGAUUUGUUUUAAAUUCGGUGUCCUUACCAACUACAAUUUGAGUUACUAGUGCUGUGUGUCAGUCAGUACUUCAACAGUAUCUGAAACUACCAUCACUUGGCAAUACUUUGAGGUUGGGAAGUAUUAUCAUCUCAAUUUUACAGGGUGAGAAGCAACUGUGGCAGCACAUGGAUCAUGCCAUACGUUAUUUUCCUUGUCUGUUACUCGUCCCACUGCUGUUUUGAGUAUAACAGAUGUGCACAGUUCCCACUGCUCCUCAAGUUAAGUCUUAAUGUGAGGUGAAGAUUUGCGAGAGGUGAGUAGCUGAUAGAAUAAUAGCACUGGUGGAAAUCCUAGAAGACUUAUGCUGGUUUCUGCAAUCAGGGCACUGGAUUGUUGUUUUCUGGUAUCAUUUUUGGAAAAUCUUUCCAAUACUUCUAUCAUAACCUUAUUUUACACCAGUGUAAACUUUGUAGUAAUUUACAGUAAUGUUCCUAAAUACCGUACAUUGCUAUUGUUAGUGCUUUAGAUCAUGGCUUGUGUUUGUUUUUCUUUUGUUAGCUUGUUUUUACAAAAGGAAGACCUUCAGUUCUUAGAUAGUCUCAGUACUCCUCAUUUAAAAUCCUACUGAAAAUGUGGAGGAGACAAAGCUGCUGUAGCUCAGUGAUAGCUGAAGAUCUGUUUUGAGCCAUGUGAGGGAAUGUGCGCGCCACAGGUAGCCUGUAAAAAUUUCAAGCCCUGGCUUUGAAAAAGCAGUCGUGAUUUUGCAGAGAUCUGUGUGAUGCUGCUUACACAAUGCUCUUGUUUCAAGUUAGAUCACUGCAGAAAACAGAGAGAACGUCAUUCGGCAAAAAGAAGUAAAUAGUGUGUAAUCUUAUUAGUUUCCCUAACUAACUUUGACUUUUGAUUGCAGGUACGACUGAGUUCCGGUUUUAUCCCCAUUCUCAUGUUCUCCAGUUAUAACUCAUCUAAACUCAAGGACACAGUUGUAUAACCCUGUCCUUGGAAAAGCUCUUAAUCUAAUGCUUAGUUUUAAACAUUUGCAGUUCCAUUAUAGCUGAUUUUGAAAGAACUGAACAUUAACGUAAGGGAGACUGCAUCUGUGUUCUCAAAGGACUUCCUAUUCAACCAGAAUUUUGGUAUUUAAGUAUAAUUAUUUCCAGGAUCUUCUCUCAGUUUACUGGAGUGUUUUAAAUAAAAUGGGAAAUAUUUUGAUAGUGCCAGUUAGACUGAUCAGGGAGAAAUAAGGUUUGGUCAUUCUAGUAAGCUUUCCGAGUGUUAUUUGAAAACGUUUUUUCCAGAGUUGAGAAAUUCUCUAAAAAUAGUUUUGCUUUCUCAAAGCAGAAAAUAGCUUUGGAAGUGCUCAGAGGAACAGAUAACGGGGAACAGCUAUGAGAAAUUUAAGUGAGUACAAAAUCUGUCUUCCUACACAGACAUUAUCUACGUUAUGGUGAAAGAGUUUUUUUCAUCCAGACGUUGUGAUCCUCCCUGUGUCUUUCAUUUCUCUUUGCAAUACCUGAUUAUGGGCUUACUUUUAGUCAUUUACUGAAGUAAGUAUGUAAGGGAGGCAAUUUUUCUGUUACUCAUUGCUCAAAGUUGCUUCAUUGUUUGGAUGGAGUCUACCUAACAUUUGUUCAGUAAUGUAAAUAUUCAUACAAGUAUUCGUAGUUUCAAAUAGCUCAAAAUCAUUUAGAUAAUAGAAGAAGAACUUUGUCCUACUUGAUUCUUUCCCAGAAGCUUAGUUGAAGGGAGUAUUACAUAUUCCUGAUACACAGUAUUUCUGAGUUGCCUGGUCUCCACUGCUCUCUGAAAUUCAUGUGCUACAGGGACCUUUUGGAGACUGAAAUCAGUAAAUUAAAUUCUUUUCAUCUGAUUUCCACACUUCAAGUAACAAGCUAUUCAGUUUCAGGAAGAGCUGAAAAUGUGUUCCUCUUACAGUAUGUGUUCAGAUACAUCUGUAUUUUUAAUAUGUAAAAUAAUAAAACAGAGGCCAUUACAGAGACAAGAUAGAUUAAGAAAAAACCUGUUUUUUCUAAUUGAGAGAAAUUCUGCUAGCGUUGAUAUUGAGAUAGGGAAGGAGAAAAGGGAAAAACACAAUGUACGUCAAACUUUCUCACGUUUAUUAAAAAACUAAAACCAGCUUUGUCACUUGGAGUAAAAGAAAAUCAAACCAAGAAAGCCAUUUUAGCACUUUCAUUAACUAACAAAAUAUUUCUAUGUAUUGUAAAUACCAAACAUAUGCCAGGCAAAGGUCAGACACAAGGCACUGUACUAGGAUAUGGAGAAAAUAUGAAAUGAUGUGUAAUCCUUAAGAGUGGAAUGUUUUUCAGAACAGGAGUUUACCGAUGGAGGGAAAAUAUUUGGUAGGCACUAGCUGAGAGGUUGUUUUUACUAAAAUGGGUGGGAUAAAGGAAGGUCCAGAGUUGGGAGUGGAUAAGAAAUCCUAAAGGGACAGUCAUCUGUAAUUUUGGGCAGAGCAUGAAGAGUGGGAGGCGAGAGUAGGAGGAAAUGGGAGCAACAUAGGUGGAGACAGUAUUGGGCAAAGUUGAUGACAUGAGACUAGAAAAUGGGAGCUAGGAAAGAGUUUUAAAGUAACCCCAGCUUGACAACAGCUGAAGGAUGUUCUGCAUCAGAAUAAAUUGGUCUGAGUAUAGUGUGUACCUGGAGAGCUUUUUUUUUUUUUCUGGUUUAUUUCUGCAUAUGUAAAUGACAAAGUUAAGCCAUUUUCUUUAGCACACUCCCUCCCAUCAAGUAGGAGGUCCAACGAUAUUUCUAUUCUUAUCAAGGGUGAUAUAAUUUUGUCAGCAGUUUUGCAGGAUUUAUUUAUGUAAUGGAAUGUGUCAAUGCUUGCUAAGGUGCACCGUUUGCUAUAUAGGAGUGGUAGGACUAUUAAAGGAGUAUGAAUUUGUUCUGUAUCUAAAAAUAAAAGACUCUGGCAGAAAGCAAAUGGAAAAAUGCGUCAUACAUUUUUAUUUGAAGGAAAUGCACUGUAAAUCAAAUCUGGACAUAAGAAACAAUUUGUCUUAGAAUUAACUGUACAGUAUUUCUGUUUGAAGGAGUAUAUCUGUAAAUCAUAUCUGGACAUAAUGAAAGGAUUAUUUUCAGUGUUGUAGUCAAAUGCUGAUAAUACCAGUGCAGUGCCAAGUAUGUAAUACCUCCUUUUUUUUCUCUCCCUAGGUGAAAUUUCUUAACUAUCUGGAAAAAUGUGAACUAAAAUGGGGUUUACCUUUUUGGUUUCUCCCAAUACUUCUGCUGUUUCUGCAUGGCUAUCUGUUAUUAAGUGAGCACUGGGUAGCUCAAGAAGUUCACAUGGACAGGUGGAGCUGUGCUUUAAGGAAGCCUGUGCUGUCUCUCUUUGUCUAGGUUUUCUUUUUUAACAUAGUCUUGCUUGUGCCAAUCUGAAAGUUAAAUGCCUAAAUUCCUUUGCUAGUCAGGACCAUUGUGCAUAGGUCCACAAACAAGAUACUGCAUAGUAGUGAAAGGGUUAGGAUUUAUAAGAAUCUGGCUUAUAAUGCUGGCUGGUGACAGCCUAUACACACACUCUCAUUUGAGAGCGCCUGCGACGUAGCUACCCUGCAGUGAGAGUGGAGUCAGCUCACUGGCACCAUGGGAUAAGGGCAUGCUCGAGGGCAAUUUUUGUGGAAUGCCUAAUGUGCCAUAAAUCCACACCCUGACUUACCUUACAACAACUUAUUUAGGUAUCCAUGUCUUCAUAACCUGAUAUAAAGUAGAAUUGCUUUUGGUAAAAGAACCACCUGAACCUUCUUUUUAAUAUAAUUCUAAUGAGCACACAAAGAAUAUGUGAAAAAAUAAUACUCAGGUUUUGCUGGAAGAAGUAAAUCUAGAUUGGUUCUAGUUAUUCCAGGGUUCACCAGGACUAAGUGGAUGUUUUGUGUGACUGUUGGAGGUUCUGUGCAGCAGGCAUGUACCUCUGAAAAUCUGGGCCCCAGUCAGGAACUUCUUCCUCAGAUGGGAUGAAAAAGCACAUGGGUAUGUGCUUCUACUGUUGUGAGCACAUCUGGAAUAUAUGUGGUCCUGAUGUGUACUCUCAGCAGACUGGGGCAGAUUUUGGUGAAAGGCAUAAUUAUUUUUACUGCCUCAGGAUAAAAAAUUGUCAGACUCCAAGCUGCUUACUGCAUGUACUGAGUAAAUAAAUCCUUAAUUUUUGGUUUCUCUUUUGCAUCCUGCACAUGACAGGCUUGCUACAGGUGCACAGCUUGUGUGCAGCAUAUGCCUAGUAGGUCUGACUCACCUUGGCUACAGCAGUCACUGCACAUGAAUUGUAGAAUUGGUUUUAUAUAUGCAGAGUUGGCCCUUUAUCAAGAAUUUCUAGGUAUUUGGUGGCCCAGUUGGAGCAGGAGUUACCCAACAUCCAGAAAACGCAGAAAAAUGGCCAGAUAAAAUUCAUAGAGGAAAAGAAGAAAAUGUGUGUGGGAAGAGACCCUAGAAGUUUGGUAGUACUGCUUCUUGAUUAUUAGAUAAUGCAUGUAUUUUAUUACAUAAAGCACUACACCUAUUUUAGUAUUCUGGGUGGCUCAUUCAUUAGCUUUUGUAGGUGAAACUUUAACUUUGUAUCCCAGAACAGAAACCUUGCAGGAGUUUUGAUAUGGUUCUUUUUCCUUCACCUCAUUGCUAUUUCAACUGAAGACCUUAUUUGUAACUUAACAUUUCUGAUUAAACCUGCGCUUUUCCA